GCGAGCGGCCCGGCUCAGAGCCGCCGCGCCACCGGGAGAGGAAGGGGCCGCCGGCCGAGCCCCGCCCUCUACUCGCCCACAGCGGCGGCCGGGCGGCGGGGACGCGAGCGGAGGGCGCCGGGAGAGGCCCGGCCGACACGAGCGCGGGGGGCUGCGGGCCAUGGCGCCCCGGGCCCUCGCCGCCCGCCGCCCCCGCCCGCCGGGCGCCCCCGAGCUGCGCCUCGGAGCCCACGGAGCCUCGGCCCGCCAGGAGGCGACUUGGAGCUCCUCUUGGUGCUGACAUGAUGACAGUGUGCAGGCCAGCCAAGGGCAGCCACAGCCAGACUGAAAACCUGGGCCACAAAUUGGCUGACAAGGUCAAGGUGGAAGGUCCAAAGGCUGGGGAAGACCCUCAAAGGCAGCCGUUUAGGUCCUCCAUUCCUUUCCUAGAGACUGAUCAGGAUUCACCCUUACGAAGAAGCCCACUGGAGAGCCUCUAUAACCUGAUGCUAGAGCCAAGAGUGGACUGUUUCCAGCAGAACAUGUUCAGCUCAAAUAUGAUCAUCAGCGACCCAGCUUCAGAUCUCGGCACUAAAGGAGCCAGCAGGGCCGGCAAGAGGCAGCUAAGCAGUGUUCAGAACCCCUGCCCUCCCGCCCGAGGCGGGGCCUGGCACAAGUCCCUCAGCAUAAAGGACAAGAUAUCAGAAUGGGAAGGGAAAAAGGAGUUGACCACUCCUGCCCCUGGCAGGAAAGCAGAUGGGCAAGAGGAUUACCUGACGUCGUGUGUGACGGAGAGGAGAAGCCACGAUGGUUCGAGGACUCGGGUCGCAGAGGCUCAGGACGGAACAAGGCUGGACGCAGAGAGUAGAGAGAUGAGAAAUAAAGGGGUAGUGAAAGUCGGGGCACAGGAUGCAGAGCAGAGGCAAGACCUGAGCCAGCCAGCCCGGGAGCUGGCUCCUAGCUUGGGAAGAGGCCGGGAGCCCAGGCUUGGCAAACAGCGCUUUCAGAAUGAUAGCCUCUCUGUGCUGAAGCAGGUGGAGAAACUUGAGCAGGCUCUGAAGGAUGGGUCUGCAGGGUUGGAUCCCCAGUUACCUGGCACCUGUUAUUCCCCACACUGCCUGCCGGACAAGGCCGAGGAGGGGCCCACCCUUCCUGAGAACCGUGGGGGCGGGAGUAGCUCAGAAUUCAGGGCCCACCACUUGGACCUGGAAGGCAGGGAGCCCGCCCCGGAGGCCGCAGAGGAAAGGAAGGGCUUGGGCGGGAGGCCCUGCGACCAGAGGCUGGAGAGUGUGUACAGGGGCUUGGAGGACUCCCCUGCAAGACCCUUCAUCAGCCCCCCGCCCAAACCCCGGAGAACUUUCAAACAUGAUGGCGAAGGGGACAGGGAUGGGAACCCAGGCAUGAGCUUCCGGAAAGAUAAAAGGAACCUGCCUCCUCUGCCCUCUCUACCUCCCCCGCCCCUGCCCUCCUCUCCCCCGCCUUCCUCUGUGAACAGGAGACUGUGGAGCGGGAGACCGAAAGCCAGUGCUGACCACAGAAAGUCCUAUGAGUUUGAAGACUUACUGCAGUCUUCCUCUGAGAACAGCAGGGUUGACUGGUGCGCACAGACGAAGCUGGGGCUCACACGCACUUUAUCGGAGGAGAACGUCUAUGAGGACAUUCUAGAUCCACCAAUGAAGGAAAACCCUUAUGAGGACGUUGAGUUACAUGGUCGAUGCCUCGGGAAGAAGUGUGUCUUGAACUUUCCGGGUUCUCCCACCUCUUCCAUCCCUGACACACCCACCAAGCAGUCCUUGUCCAAACCUGCUUUUUUCCGGCAAAAUUCAGAGAGGAGGAACUUCAAACUGCUGGACACUAGGAAGCUGAGUCGGGAUGGCACUGGGUCCCCUUCUAAAAUCAGCCCUCCCUCUACCCCCAGCAGCCCUGAUGACACUUUCUUUAACCUCGGAGACCCACAGAACGGCAGGAAGAAGAGAAAGAUACCCAAGCUGGUGUUGCGAAUCAAUGCCAUUUAUGAGGCCCGGAGAGGAAAGAAACGGGUGAAGAGGCUGUCCCAGUCCACGGAGAGCAACUCAGGAAAAGUGACAGAUGAGAACAGUGAGUCUGACAGUGACACCGAGGAGAAGCUGAAAGCCCACAGCCAGCGCCUGGUCAAUGUGAAGUCACGCCUGAAGCAGGCUCCAAGAUACCCAUCACUGGAUCGGGAGCUCAUCGAGUACCAGGAGAGGCAGCUCUUCGAGUACUUUGUGGUCGUGUCUUUGCACAAGAAGCAGGCCGGGGCUGCCUAUGUGCCCGAACUCACCCAGCAGUUCCCUCUGAAGUUGGAAAGGUCUUUCAAGUUCAUGAGAGAAGCUGAGGACCAGCUGAAGGCUAUCCCCCAAUUCUGUUUCCCUGACGCCAAGGACUGGACUCCUGUCCAGCAGUUUACCAGUGAAACAUUCUCGUUUGUCUUAACUGGAGAAGAUGGGAGCAGGAGGUUCGGUUACUGCCGAAGACUGCUGCCUGGUGGCAAAGGAAGGCGUCUCCCUGAAGUUUAUUGCAUCGUGAGCCGCCUGGGAUGCUUCAGCCUCUUUUCGAAGAUCUUGGAUGAGGUGGAAAAACGACGAGGCAUCUCUCCCGCCCUGGUCCAGCCUCUCAUGAGGAGCGUCAUGGAAGCCCCUUUCCCAGCCCUGGGCAAAACCAUUGUUGUCAAGAACUUCUUGCCAGGAUCAGGAACUGAGGUGAUUGAACUGUGCCGCCCUCUGGACUCCCGGCUCGAACACGUGGACUUUGAGUCUCUCUUUUCCUGUCUCAGCGUCCGACACCUGCUCUGUGUUUUUGCCUCCCUGCUUCUGGAAAGGAGGGUCAUCUUCAUCGCAGACAAACUCAGGGAGCGCGCACAGGAAGUCUGGCUCACCUGGGAGGCAGGGACCUCGCCAACGAUCGAAGCACAGAAGCGCCGCCAAAAAGCAUGCACCCUGUCCAAGUGCUGCCACGCGAUGGUGGCGGUCAUCUACCCCUUCACCUGGCAGCACACCUACAUCCCCGUGCUGCCUCCUGCCAUGAUCGACAUAGUGUGCUCGCCAACCCCCUUCCUCAUUGGGCUGCUCACCAGCUCGCUGCCGCUGCUCAGGGAGCUGCCGCUGGAAGAGGUCCUUGUGGUCGACCUUGUCAACAAUCGGUUCCUCAGACAGAUGGAUGACGAGGAUUCCAUUCUGCCCCGGAAGCUUCAGGUAGCCCUGGAACGCAUUCUGGAACAGAGGAAUGACCUUGCUAGUGACCAGGAUGACAGGUCCCCAGACUGCAAGCGUGGCCCUGAGUCCAGCCCCUUGAACGAGGUGGUGUCCGAAGCCUUUGUCCGCUUCUUCGUGGAGAUCGUGGGCCACUACUCGUUGUUCCUGACGGCGGGCGAGCGAGAGGAGAGGACCCUGCAGCGAGAGGCCUUCCGCAAGGCCGUCUCCUCCAAGAGCCUCCGCCGGUUCCUGGAGGUCUUCAUGGAGACCCAGACGUUUCGGGGCUUCAUCCAGGAGCGGGAGCUGCGCCGGCAGGAUGCCAAAGGUCUUUUUGAGGUCCGAGCCCAAGAGUACCUGGAAACACUGCCCAGUGGAGAACACAGUGGUGUCAACAAGUUCCUGAAGGGACUAGGCAAUAAAAUGAAGUUUCUCCACAAGAAAUAGCCCUCAAUCCAGCCUCCAGGGAGAACUUUUCCUAGGGCAACCACAUGUUUUAAAAACAGUCCUGGUGGUCUUUCUGAAACGUUGGGUCCUUGGUUGUCCCAGGGGCUGGGAUAAAGGCCGGCGUGGUUUCCGGCCACCCCUGGGCUCUCCCCAGGACCUGGGACCCCCGAGCCACCGGAAGGUGCCGCUUCUUUAGAACAGCACUGGAAAUGGGACCUGAGACCAGGCACAUUCAAACGGAUUGUUUUGGUUGUUGGUUUUGGGUUUUUAAAAUUUUUUUUAUCUUAGAUAUUAAAAAAAAAAAAGAAAAGUGUUUGGGUUUUCCUUUUGUUAUGCCAAGGCUAAGACAGCUGUCCUGCCCUGUGUCAUCUCUCCCUGGUUCAUCCUGCCUGGCACUUGUGCUCUGGAGCCAAGAGGAGGCGAUGGGAAGGAGCGGCCCCCAGGUGCUCCUCUGGGCAGAACCGGGGACCGGUGCGGGGGUGAAGGGGGGCGCACUGUGGCGACGCCUACAGACACUACAGACACCACACCACAGGCGUCGGGACGGGAGUCCUCUUGGGGAAAGGGCUGGCAGGUAAUGGAGUGGAGUCAAAUCUGUGCUGAAAAGGAAGGAAGCGAACAGUAAAAGGGUUUGGUUUCCUGGGAUGAGCCGUGCUUUCAGGCUGGCUGGUGAUGCCACCUGGCGGCCGAGGCCACUUGCUGUCAUGCCACUGACUCCUCUGGUCCCAAAUGGACCUGACUUUUCUGGACGGCCUCUUUCCUCUUAGAAGCCAUAGAGCCGUCCCCUGCCCGAGCAGCCCAUGACUUUUAGAGGUACACACAAAAAGAGGAAAUCUCCUCGUAAGAUCUGUUAAUAAAAUAUUGUUAGGGUCCUAAAGUUUAUGGUGCUGCCUAGAGCCCAUCUUAAAACAUGUGAGCCACUGCUUUGAGCCCUUUCCUAUUUAUACUGUAUGAAAUUUUCCCAUCUCAGUGUAGGGACCCAGAGCAGCGUACGUGAACUAGUGCAUGUGCAGGAUGAAUGCAGGGACUUUUGUUGUUGAUGUUAUCAAGGAGCAUCAAAACUUUGGGGACAGCCUCCUCAGACUUGUGUGGCCAGAGGGGAAGAAGCAGGGGGUGCAGGAGAAGGCUGCAUUCCAGGGGGCGCUGUCCUGCAAGGCCUGCGGUGGGGCGGCAGGAAGGGAACAGUCGGCAGCACAGGCACGUUCUCAAAGCAGGCCUCCGGGCCACCCCGCGGCCAACCCACUGCCUGCACAUCCCACUGGUGGAUUCCCUCUGGGGGGCACCAGGAACCCUGCAAAAACACACGAAAGGGAUGUGCUCUGACCUUGGCAAUGGCCCAGGGGCCUGUGCUGCCUGGCAGAGGUUUUGUUUGUUUGUUUGUUUUUAAUUUUUUGGCUGCGUUGGGUCUUCGUUGCUGCGCAUGGGCUUU